GACAAUUAAACUAACCUAUAAAAAAUGAUGAUAUGUUGACGUGUACAAUAUAAAAUUUAAACUAUAUGGAUAUAAAGAAAGACUGAAAUGUUUAAAUUUUCGAUAACUUCGUUACUCUUCGGGGUGUUCAUAAUAUUCAUAUUUAAUUCAGUAUGGAAUUUGGUUGUGCUAUUUACGCCCCCUUCUUGCGCAAAAGGAGACGUGUGUUUUCAUUCCUAUUUAAACACAAAACCUUCUUUAGAUCUACUUGUUUAUGUUACUGAUAAUUCACGAUCAGGAGAUGAACAAUUAAUAUUAAAAGUUAAUAAAUUUAAUUAUGAUGAACCAUUUGAAAGAGUAAUUGAGUUGGAGAUAUCAAAAACAGUUCGAAAUAAUGGUAGUUUAAUAAUUCACUCGGUAAUUUUACCCUCAAAUGUAAAUAAUGAAGAUUUAUCAUUGAACGAAGCUAGAAACGUUUAUGAAUCAAGUUACUUAAAAGGUCGUUUAACGAAAUAUGUUGUACCAAAAAGUUUUACCUUUAAUCUUUUAAAAGAAGAAUCUAAACAAUCAUCUGUUAAACCAACAACUCAUAUCAAAAGUAGAUACUCAAUCAUGAUGUGUAACAGUGAAUUACACAUUCCAGAAACAAAUAUUCCACAAGAAGUGAUUCAUUAUUUAAAAAUUAAUAGGAAAAGACAAUUUCUUCCGAUUGUUGUUAAUGAUUUUAUGCAGACAAGGUUAAGAGAUUUAGAAGAAAUUACUAAAGAAACAUCUCAAAUAAUGUUUAAUUAUAUUUAUAACCCAGUUUCAAUAGGUAAAUUUAAAUUUAUGGUUGAGAUGGAAGUUACAAUAAAGAAUUUUAAAAAACUUGGCUUUACUGAUAAAGAUAUUGAUGAGGUUAAAGGAGUUUUUGCUGAUACUAAUUUAUAUCUUUUGUGUGCUACAAUUUGUAUUGGAAGUAUUCAUCUUUUGCUCGACUUUUUAUCAUUUAAAAAUGACGUCAGUUUUUGGAAAUCACAUAAAUCAAUGGCUGGUUUAUCAACAAGAACGGUUGUAUGGCGUGCUUUUUCUCAAACAAUCAUAUUUUUAUACCUCUUAGAUGAAGGUACUUCUUACUUGGUUUUAGUCCCAAGUGGAAUAGGAACAGCAAUAGAAUUUUGGAAAGUAAACAAAGUUUUAAAACCAUCAAUCACAUUUAAUGGAUUAAAAUUUAAUAAACAUACCACUGAAACGGAAGCUGAAGCAAAAACUCGUCAAUACGAUGAAGAAUCUAUGAAAUACUUAAGUUAUAUUUUGUAUCCGUUGUGUAUUGGUGGUGCGAUUUAUUCACUUCUUUAUCAACCACAUAAGAGUUGGUAUUCUUGGACAAUUAGCAGUUUAGUAAAUGGGGUGUACGUUUUUGGAUUCUUAUUCAUGUUACCUCAAUUAUUUGUAAAUUAUCGUUUGAAAUCGGUGGCAGCUUUACCAUGGCGUGCGUUCACCUACAGAGCGUUUAACACGUUUAUCGAUGAUAUUUUUGCAUUUAUUAUAACAAUGCCAACAGCUCAUAGAUUGGCAUGUUUUAGAGACGAUGUUGUAUUUCUUAUUUAUCUUUACCAAAGAUGGUUGUAUCCUGUUGAUAAAAGUCGUGUUGAUGAUAUUGGCGCAGAAGAAAUUAUUGAAACUACAGAGAAAAAGAAAGACAAAUAAUAAAAGAGUGAUUUAGGAAAGGUAGAGAAUUUAAAGACAUUCCUUUUGAAUUAAUUCAAGCAAUAUUUAUGCAUAAAAUGUUUUGUUCUAGUACAAAAAAUAAAUGAAUAUUCACAUCA